AGCACCAAAAAACAUUCCCUCCUCCCCGCGCGCGUUCAAGACAAGCAAGCUGCGCCUUGGCGAAGGAGACGGCGUGGUGGACAUGAUGGAACUAGAGGGGCACGUGCUGGGGUCCCGCUACAAAGUCCAGCGGAAGAUUCAGAGCGGCUAUUUCGGCACCACUUGGACCGCUCGAGACCUGACGACGAGAGGAACCGUCUGCGUGAAGACGUUCAUCUGUGACUCGGAGAACCAGCGUAAAGAGCUGGCCGUUCUCAAAGAACUGUGCGACGGUCAUUUCAACCACGAAAACAUCUGCUCAAUUCUGGACGUGUGCGUCAAAAAAUCGCCCGUAACCACGGUUCAAGGUGAACUGAUUGGCAGUCUGCGGUUCGUCGUCUUUGAGUACUGUAGCGGAUCCGAUCUCUUCAACUUUCUCGUCACCGGACCUUUUGAGAGGAUUAAAACGGUGAGUAAUUUUCCAGAGCCGUUGGCAAGACAUUUCUUCACUCAGAUUCUGCUGGCUGUAAUGUACCUCCACGAAAGGGGCGUCUUUCACAGGGAUAUAAAGCCGGAGAAUUGUGUUUUGGACGAACAUUUUAACCUGAAGCUCACUGAUUUUGGAACAAACAAGAUCCUGCCGAUAUCGGAGGACCCGACGCAGGUUCUGAGAACCAGUACCAAGGGAAUCGGUACCGACUCAUAUCGGGCACCGGAGGUCAACAGUUACCGUGGUUACGACCCCUCCGCGCCGACAUCUGGUCUCUUGGAAUCACUCUUUUCUUCAUGGUGGCCAUAGAAGAGAUGGUGCAGAGAGUGACAAUGUUGGACCCCUAUUCCAGACCACUCCUGGCCCCCCUCGGGAUCGUGUUCCCAUUCCCCAUGUUCUGUUCCAAACUGGACUCGUACAUGAAGAGGGAAAACGAACUCUCGGCGUAUUUCACUCAAAACAGAGGUGCUGCUUUGCCGAAUCAGCAGUUUUGGUCCGAGUGGCCGUCAAUUAACUCUCGAAUCACUCCGAACCUGAAAAACCUGUUUGACCGGAUCUUCGUGCUGCACCCCUCGUUUCGCUGCACGCUGCGCGACAUUGCCCGACACCCCUGGCUGUUGUCACGGGAACAGCUCACCCCCGACGAAGUCACGACCCAGAUGAAGUCAAGAUGUCCGACUGGUGUUCAUCCAAACAAGGAGGCGAGUCCACGAGUGGUGACCAGUAAACUGCUAGGUGGAGUGGACCAAGCCUCACUUCGUCUCUCCCUCACAUCCAACAGCAAGACGAAGGAAAGUGAUUAUCUAACAGACUCAGAGCUGUGGGUCAUGUCUGAACAGACAGUUCAACUGGAGAGUCUUCAACUGGACAUCGUCUGCUGUGACGACAUUCAGGAGCUAAUGAUGGACGUCAGUUACUGUCGGCAACUGCUACAAGACAUUCUCUCCUCGCCUCACGACGAAACUAGGAGGGUGGCUCCAAUUAGAGAUAUCCGGUCGCCGUGGGUACGAAAACUCCUGAUGAUAGUCGGGUUUCUACCAGACGACAGCUCUUCACUGAUCCUUAUCAACGAUGCUGUCAAUCUCCAUCUUCUGCAAAACGCUCUGAGUGUUGUAACUGGUGUUGAGUUGGCCGUCAGCCGCAGUGCCAUACCCAUGCAACAACCAAUGGAGGAAGAAGAGGUGAUGGAGUUCGAUUCCUCUUCUCAGACAAUCGGAGACACUGCCACGUUUCGCCGUCGCUCGUCAAGCGACUCCGGGAGUCUCACACUCAAGAUCGAACAACCCGGCAAAACUGGACUGGCUGGUUUUACUGGUUCGGGGAGUCUGUGGCCUGGUCUUAGCUCCAGUGUUCCAACCCCAACCAGCCCUGCCAGAAUGCUAGCUCAUCAAGGAGAUUCUCAGGAGAGCUGCUGGAGCUAUUACACUGCGGGGUCAUACAGCACACAGAGUUCGCAGGAGGAUUGUCCUGAUGUGGGGGGAGAGGAUUCAGACAUGUCGGGUAAUGGCCGACUACACCAUCUACCACAGAGUGGUUGAACUGGCUUCACAUGUGAACCCAAGUGACGGCAAGAUUUUCAGAGCUGCCUCAGAGUUCUGUAAGUUGUCGGGACUGCUGUGCAGCUACGGACUGUACCAGGUGGUCUGCCACGAACAGCUGCUUCUCUUCUGUCGAGGAAAUUCCACCAGCUUCUCCGCUCGAGUCAUGGCCGCUGACAAUUCCGGGAGACUGUGUGUCUCCAGCUGGCGUGUUGUCGGGGAAGAAGCUGAGUGGCUCAGCAUUCUGAAGAGACUCCACAGUGACAUGACACCACACCUUCCUUCCUCAUCUUGAUUUCCCCUCUCUCCUCUCUCCUCUCUCUCUCUCUCCUCUCUCUCUCUCUCUCUCUUCCACAACUUCACAACUUCACAACUCUGAUCUCAUAGUUUUGUCACCUAUUGAAACCCACCUUUUUUACCAUUCUCUCUAGAAUUUUGUCUCAGAAUUUUUUAUACUUCGGUAUUGAUGAUCGAUUUAGCUAAUUGUUACAUAAUAUAAUACUCACGAAAGAAUGAAUUACAAACAGAGGCAUUUACACAGGUAUAGGUUGUCAUAGCAAUGAUGUUAAUUAUCCAGCAGUGUCCAUAGGGGCUUCCUCUUGUUCGGGUUCUGUUCCAGGUUCCCUGGUACCGGAAUCAGCCUCUGGCUGUUCUCUCUCUCUCUCCUCCUCUUUGUCCUUCUGCUGUUGCCUACGGGCAGCCCGUCCUCCCUUUGUGGUAUCCAGUGAUUUCAACUGACACACAAUAGUCAAGAAACACAUACUCUCGCUAUAUAGAGAAGAGUCUAAUGUCUGUACAAAUCAUGUAGAAUUCGUGUUUUGUUGUUACCCUGUGCAACUUGCACACGUGAAAUCACAGUGUGCAACAAUUAGAGUUUGGGUGAAAUCAAGUGUGCAACAAAUAGAGUUUAGAUGAAAUCAGUGUG